GGUCAUAUAAUACCAGCGGGCGUUACUGUUGCCGUGUCACCGUUUGCAGUAGCACGUGAUCCUGAGCAAUGGGACAAUCCAGAGGUAUUUGAUCCGGAGCAUUUUUCACCAGAAAAUAUGGCAAAACGAGACCCAUUUGCUUUCUUGCCAUUUUCAGCAGGACCGCGCAAUUGCAUAGGUGAGAGUUUUAAACAGCAGCAUUUUAUUCACUUUUGGUUUCCUGCGAAAAUGAAACAAUGGCAUACACUAAGGAAUCUAGUGUGAUC